AUGGAAAAAGUUAAUAGAUUAGCUUGGGAUGUGACAAGACUUAGACCCAUUCCACCACUUCAAUUUUAUCACAACAUUAAUGAAAAAAAUAUCUGUGUAGCAAAAAGAUCUGAAAGAACAUUUGAAGAUGAUGGGAAAGUCUUGAGAGUAUUUGAAGCAUUUUGUUCAAAUACAAAAUCACGGCAUGCUAGUUCAGGAAUUUAA